GCUUCCUGAAGACGUCACUUCCGCAUUGCACAGCGGUUGACAGUCGGUACAGAGCUGUCAGUGAUUUGCUCUCUGCACAGGCAGAAUUAGUGUCUGAUAGACUCCUCUUAAUUGGAAAUAAUGAAUUGAUCAUAAUCUCAGGACAUUUUCACGGUUUAGACGGAAGUACUGAGCUGGGGGAAGUGGGCUGCUUUCACAGACAUGUGGGUUUUCGGCUACGGGUCGCUCAUUUGGAAAGUGGACUUUCCGUUCGAGGAGAAGCGCGUCGGUUUCAUUAAAGGUUUCAGUCGCCGGUUCUGGCAGGGAAGCACAGAUCACCGCGGAGUUCCCGGAAAGCCUGGACGUGUGGUGACGUUAAUUGAAGACCCCGAGGGCUGCGUUUGGGGUGUUGCUUACAAACUUCCAUCAGGCAGGGAGAAGGAAGUGAAGGAGUACCUGGACUACAGAGAGAAAGGUGGAUACAGAGUGAUGACAGUUACAUUUCAUCCUAAAGGAGAAGAACACAAGCCCAUUCUGAACACACUGCUCUAUGUCGGAUCCUGCGACAAUCCAAACUACCUCGGACCAGCGCCUCUGGAACUGAUCGCACAGCAGAUCCUCAGGUCGGUUGGACCCAGUGGAAAAAACACAGAGUACUUAUUCGAGCUGGCUGACGCUCUCAGAGAGCUGAUGCCUGAAGAUUCAGAUGAUCACCUGUUCUCCUUGGAGCGCCUGGUCAAGAAACUUCUACAGGAUGCUGCAGAGUGACACACUAAUCACCAUCACUACACACAGUGUUUUCUCACACUGGAGGUUCAUCCACAUACACACACGGGUACCUCUUACAUGGAGUCUCACUAACCUAGUUGCAGAUUAUUAAAACCUCAGAUUUUAUUUAAUAUUUGUUUCCCUGUUGUAACGUCAAAUAACUGUGUCUAUUUAAGCUUGUAUGGUUUUUGUGUGUAAUAUUUAUGCACCAAGUAAAUUUGUUAUAGUCACUCAAAAAGGGAAAUAAGUGUCAACAAUUCUAAGACCAAAGACCACUGUAGCCAUGUGGUGGGCCUUACAGAUAUUAAUAAAGUAAUAUCUAGAGGACAAGAAGCUAUAUGAAGCACAUGAACAUUACAAAAUUGUUCCAAGACCAAAAACAUACUUGUAUCUAAUAAAACAUCUACAAAAGUAACA